AUGACGGCGCCUGGCGAUGCGGCGUCGAGCGACCUGGCGUCUUCCUACACCUCUGGCUGCGCGCUUACCCUGGGAUUUGACAACCUGACAAUGUACCGCGACAAGUCCGUGGUGAUCGAUAACGCUGCUGGCAUCAUACAUGGUGGUCGUCUCACCGCAAUUGUGAACUGUAGUGGCACGCAGAACGAUUCGUGCCUCCUCAACGCGCUGGCUGGACAGGAGGAGUGCGCGAGUGGCACUAUCAUGAUGAACGGUGUCCCUGUCGAUGCUCCCGCGUAUCUGCAGCGAACUGUGCUCAUUGACGAGGGAUUCACCGCCUUCGAAGAGCUCACGGUGCGGGAGAGCAUCGAGUACGCCGCGUCGAUGCGCGUCGCCACUCGGGCCUUCACCGUGCAGGAGAUCAUGGAGGAGCUGCUGCUCGAGGAGGUUGCGGACCGAGUGGUGCGUCACUGCUCCCUCUACGUGCGGCGGCGGGUCUCCCUCGGCAAGGAGCUGCUGCUGAACCCGGAGGUGCUCUGCUUCGACCAGCUGCUGGAGGGCUUGUGGACCUAUGAGGCGCAGGAGUUCAUGCGCCUCCUCCGACGAAUCGCGGCACCUCCUCCUCCUCCUUUACUUCCUCCGUCGGUAGCUGCUGAUACUACCGCUGUCACCACCAUAGCUGCUCCACAGACCUCAUCUCUAAGGUCACUCGGUGACACCUCUGCGAUAGAAACCUCGUCGUCUGUCAGCCACAACAUCGAGUGGGGCGUCCAGCGGCGGUGUGAGCGCAUCGUUCUUGUCUCGAUGGCUCAGCCGCGUUGGGCGAUGCUGAAAUAUGUUGACGAUGUCAUACUCCUCGACCGUGAGCGCUGUGUUUUUUGUGGAACGCUGCAGGAGCUUCUCGUUGCGAUUCGAGCGGAUCCCGCAUCGGGGCUCGUAGAUAAUGCCAUAAGUUCGCUCUAUCGGCUAGCUUCAAACGCGGAGACUUCGCUUUCUGCCACCUUUGCGCGCUCUGGCAACGCAGAACGUGUGCAGAAGAAUGUAUUGCAAUUCUUUCACAAGUGUGCAACCGGGUGGGAGGCACGCGGCGGCUCAACGUACUCAAGCCCUGGCGCACACGUUCGGUUGUACUACAUGCUGAAGUACUCCUUGUUGCAGGUGCGGCACAACCUCCUCGUGGGCGGAUCUCUCUUCGUCCUGCUCGUCAUACUCGCGGUGGUGCUGGCGGCAGUGUACAACAGCCAAGAGGGACAGAGUGGGAUGCAGAACCGCAUUGGCAUCAUCUUCUUCCUCGUGAGCUCAACAUUCCUGCACAGCAUCCUCUCCCUCGACGCACAGAGAAAGGAGUACAAUAGCUUCCUGCGCCACCGCACACAUGGAUACUAUGGCGUCUUCACUUACAUGACAUACGCCGUGAUAUACUGCGCCUUCGAGCGGGCCUUCUCGUUGUCGGUGUUUACAUUCGUCGUGUUCUGCGUUUCCAACAUUGUGGAGAAGUGGGAUUACUACCUCCCCACCAUGGAGCUUGUGCUCAUUGUGGGUGUCAUGUCUUUCUGCAGUCACUUUGUAGUGUUCUUCUUCUGUACGGUGAUAUGGACGCGCCGAUUGGCUAUGUUUGCCCUCUUCGCUGUCUACACGCUGAACUUACUUCUCGCCGGCAUUAUUCUCAAUCUUACUACGUUGCCGAAGCCUUUCCAAUUCCUCUCGAACGUCUCAAUUAUUCGGCUCGCGUACGAGUCCUCCAUUUUGUCGCAGUUCCUCGGCAGAGACUUUGGCUGUGUGCCGAACAAGGAGACGAUGUGCUACACCGGGCCGCAGUAUGCAACCUUUUUAGGCUUUAAGGAAUCACGGCAGUGGACCAACGUCGGCAUCCUCGCUGGCAUCUCCGGGCUGCUGGUUCUUGGCUCUCUCGUUGCAAUGCUGUGGCACCGCCCACCACGCACCCGAGGCUGCAGUACACUCUGA